AUGGCCAUGGGAGGGAACGGGCUAGGAUCUGACCAGAGCCUGAAAUCCACCUCCCAGCCACCCAGUGCCUCUGACCGGCGGCAAGUGGACAAGGCCCUGAAGAGGCUGGAGAAGCUGCACCGGCUAUGUACCAACCCCAGGCUGGGCCUGAGGAACAGCCCCCCGUACCUCCCCGAGGUGGUCUCAAAGACAGCCACACUGCUCACCCAGGUGUGGGAGCCGUACAGGGGGCCUGGGGCAGGGGGGCAGGCCCCCCGGGGGGACGAGGGGGAGUACCUGAUGAUCCAUGCCAGACACCUGCUGGAUAAGACGGACCGGGCCGUGCUGCUGUUUAAAGAGGGGCGCGAUAAGAUGUUCGAGGAGAUGUCCAGCUACAGGUGAGAGAGAACAACAAGGGCCGGAACAUAACUUGAUAUAUGGGGUCGUAAACUAUUUCUUUGUAAAAACAAAAACGGCUAUGUGAAAACUCAGAAAGUUACCUGCAUGUAUCUCCAGUUAGGAUUUGGCACUUAAUCCAAUUAUCAUAAACAUUGUCAGUGUUGGGGAAGCUACUCUAAAAUAUAGUUUACCAAGCUACCAAUUACUUGGUAAACUAUAUUUACCAAGUUACUCUACAUUAAAGCUACCCUUUAUAUAGUUUACUUAACCAAAGUUUAUUUGAAAAAGUACAGAGUGUACAAAACACUAGGAACACCCUCCUAAUAUUGAGUUGCACCCCUUUUUGCCCUCAGAACAGCCUCAAUUCUUCGGGGCAUGGACUCUACAGGGUAUCGAAAGCGUUCCACAGGGAUGCUGGCCCAUAUUGUCUCCAAUGCUUCCCACAGUUGUGUCAAGUUGGCUGGAUGUCCUUUGGGUGGUGGACCAUUUUUGAUACACUCAAACCGGUGCACCUGGCACCUACUACCAUACCCUCUGAAUGGCACACAUACAGAAUCGAAGUGGAUUGAAGUGGAUUUAACAGGUGACAUCAAAAAGGGAUCAUAGCUUUCACCUGGAUUCACCUGGUCAGUCCAUGUCAUGGAAAUAGCUAAAUGUUUUGUACACUCAGUGUAGUUCACUACAUCCAAAAUGUCAUAGACUACAAAUUGCAAGAACAGAUCACUUUGGGGUCAUAUGUUAACAGAAUGUGUAAUUAAGCCUAUUAAACACAAAACUAUGUUUCAGGUGAGAAUACGGCAGGUCUGAUGCCGAAAAAGAAAGGAAAUGAUUGUCUUCUUCACCCAUAUUUUAUUUUUCCAAAUAAAAAGUAGUGUCUAGUCCCAAUAGUUAGCUACAUCACAACAUUACAAAAAAAGUUAUUCACUACUAAAACACCACCAAUAUUUGAAUUUAGUUCAACUACCACCAAGCUACUGCUAAAUGUAGUUGAAUUACUAGUUGAACUACAUGUAGUUCAUUACUCCCCAACAAUGCACAUUGUUUACAUGGUUUUUGCUCUCCUCAUUCACUUUUAAUCUAGCAUGAAUAAACAUUAAUGCUUUUUUAUAUCCACAGAGGUGAAACAAUUACUACUGAAAAAACAUUAUGCAUCUGUAGGCUACAAGACUAUUAUACCGUACCAGAAAUUGAACCCUGAGGAUAUCAUUGGUUUAGAGUACAUUUUAGAAUGUUGACCUUUUCACCCGAAAUAAUUCCAUUCUGGGCUGACCUUUACUAAGACAAAUAAAGCAGCUGUGGGGUCAAGGGCAGGGGACAUGUCCCAGAUAUCUGACUCCACCAGCACCAUGACACAGACUUCCCGCCAAUAUUCUCUAUGGCCAAUAUUCAAAUAAAUUCUCAAGUAACUAAGGCCAACUAGGAAAAUUAAAAUGCAUGGUAUUAGAUUGGCAUAUUCAUAAGGACUUGGUUGGCAUUAGACUUGAUACGUACAGUAAGUGAAUUUUGGAGCACAGCCAAAGACAGAGCAGAACCACAAUAGAUACAAAUAGACCUGAGCAUCCAUUAACAUCCAUUUAUAGUACCAGCGAGACAAAAAUGAACAUUCCCAGUUCCCACAAGUCGGCUGUCUUAAAACAUAAACACAAAAUCAAUAUGGCAUUUUGGGGUCGGGCUAUAACAGCUACAUUUAGUUAUUUAGUAGUUGUGCAGUAGUUGUGCAGUUAAGUUAAGGUGGGUAUUUUGGGAAGAAAUGUAUCUGAGUGACUCAAUGUUUGGAACCAAACCUCUGUUCCGUUGAGACUACUAAUGUCUCAGAGGGACAAUGGAGUGGACCUGAGGCUUUAUCAUGCUAAUGGUAACUGGAUGAAACUGGGUGAUCGCAACAACUCUCUGGGAUAUAUGGACCAUGGAGAAAGGAAGUAUGGGUCGCUGAGACAUUUCAGGGUGGUGAAACACGGUUCUUUUUUUUGUUUUAAAGACAAUCAUGAACAACAUGAUGUAAAUAUUGUUUCUUCUUUAAAAAUUUGGAAAAUUUGGACAUGUCCUAUAAUAACAUUGUUUCUUACAUUUGUUACUUACUCAAAGUACAAAAUUAAACACAUAUUUCACAAUUAUAUACAGUGAGGGAAAAAAGUAUUUGAUCCUCUGCUGAUUUUGUACGUUUUCCCACUGACAAAGACAUGAUCAGUCUAUAAUUUUAAUGGCAGGUUUAUUUGAACAGUGAGAGACAGAAUAACAACAACAAAAUCCAGAAAAACCCAUGUCAAAAUUUUUAUUAAUUGAUUUGCAUUUUAAUGAGGGAAAUAAGUAUUUGACCCCUCUGCAAAACAUGACUUAGUACUUGGUGGCAAAACCCUUGUUGGCAAUCACAGAGGUCAGACGUUUCUUGUAGUUGGCCACCAGGUUUGCACACAUCUCAGGAGGGAUUUUGUCCCACUCCUCUUUGCAGAUCUUCUCCAAGUCAUUAAGUUUUCGAGGCUGACGUUUGGCAACUCGAACCUUCAGCUCCCUCCACAGAUUUUCUAUGGGAUUAAGGUCUGGAGACUGGCUAGGCCACUCCAGGACCUUAAUGUGCUUCUUCUUGAGCCACUCCUUUGUUGCGUUGGCCGUGUGUUUUGGGUCAUUGUCAUGCUGGAAUACCCAUCCAUGACACAUUUUCAAUGCCCUGGCUGAGGGAAGGAGGUUCUCAACCAAGAUUUGACAGUACAUGGUGCCGUCCAUCGUCCCUUUGAUGCGGUAAAGUUGUCCUGUCCCCUUAGCAGAAAAACACCCCCAAAGCAUAAUAUUUCCACCUCCAUGUUUGAUGGUGAGGAUGGUGUUCUUGGGGUCAUAGGCAGCAAUCCUCCUCCUCCAAACACGGCGAGUUGAGUUGAUGCCAAAGAGCUCGAUUUUGGUCUCAUCUGACCACAACACUUUCACCCAGUUCUCCUCUGAAUCAUUCAGAUGUUCAUUGGCAAACUUCAGACGGGCCUGUAUAUGUGCUUUCUUGAGCAGGGGGACCUUGCGGGCGCUGCAGGAUUUCAGUCCUUCACGGCGUAGUGUGUUACCAAUUGUUUUCUUGGUGACUAUGGUCCCAGCUGCCUUGAGAUCAUUGACAAGAUCCUCCCGUGUAGUUCUGGGCUGAUUCCUCACCAUUCUCAUGAUCAUUGCAACUCCACGAGGUGAGAUCUUACAUGGAGCCCCAGGCUGAGGGAGAUUGACAGUUCUUUUGUGUUUCUUCCAUUUGCGAAUAAUCGCACCAACUGUUGUCACUUUCUCACGAAGCUGCUUGGCGAUGGUCUUGUAGCUCAUUCCAGCCUUGUGUAGGUCUACAAUCUUGUCCCUGACAUCCUUGGAGAGCUCUUUGGUCUUGGCCAUGGUGGAGAGUUUGGAAUCUGAUUGAUUGAUUGCUUCUGUGGACAGGUGUCUUUUAUACAGGUAACAAACUGAGAUUAGGAGCACUCCCUUUAAGAGUGUGCUCCUAAUCUCAGCUCGUUACCUGUAUAAAAGACACCUGGGAGCCAGAAAUCUUUCUGAUUGAGAGGGGGUCAAAUACUUAUUUCCCUCAUUAAAAUGCAAAUCAAUUUAUAACAUUUUUGACAUGCGUUUUUCUGGAUUUUGUUGUUGUUAUUCUGUCUCUCACUGUUCAAAUAAACCUACCAUUAAAAUUAUAGACUGAUCAUUUCUUUGUCAGUGGGCAAACGUACAAAAUCAGCAGGGGAUCAAAUACUUUUUUCCCUCACUGUAUAUACCGCUAAACGUUUACAAUAACAAAUAGACCUGAGCACCCAUUAACAUCCAUUUAUAGUACCAGCGAGACAAAAAUGAACAUUCCCAGUUCCCACAAGUCGUCUGUCUUAAAACAUAAACACAAACUCAAUAUGGCAUUUUGGGGUCGGGCUAUAACAGCUACAUUUAGUUAUUUAGUAGUUGUGCAGUAAUAAUAAUAUGCCAUUUAGCAGACGCUUUUAUCCAAAGCGAUACAGUCGUGCGUGCAUACAUUUUUGUGUAUGGGUGGUCCCGGGGAUCGAACCCACUACCUUGGCGUUACAAGCGCCGUGCUCUACCAGCUGAGCUACAGAGGACCAGUAAUUGUGCAGUUAAGUUAAGGUGGGUAUUUUGGGAAGAAAUGUGUCUGAGUGACUCAAUGUUUGGAACCAAACCUCUGUUCCGUUGAGACUACUAAUGUCUCAGAGGGACAAUGGAGUGGACCUGGGGCUUUAUGAUGCUAAUGGUAACUGGGUGAAACUGGGUGAUCGCAACAACUCUGGGAUAUACGGACCAUGGAGAAAGGCAGUAUGGGUCGCUGAGACAUUUCAGGGUGGUGAAACAUGGUUCUUUUUUUUUGUUUUAAAGACAACCAUGAACAACAUGAUGUAAAUAUUGUAUCUUCUUUAUAAAUUUGGAAAAUUUGGAAAUGUCCUAUAAUAAUAUUGUUUCUUACAUUUGUUAAUUACUCAAAGUACAAAAUUAAACACAUAUUUCACAAUUAUAUAUCUACCGCUAAACACACAACAUUUUUACAAUAAUACAAAAAAGUCUGUAUUAUCUGUGAAGUCAAGAAAAGCUAUGAGCUAUGUGUAAUUUUUCUAAAACUGCUGAAUCUCACUAAUGGUAAGAAGAACGGGGCUUGGCUAGGGAUGCAUGUUCAGUGCAAUGCAGUACAGCAGGACUGGCAAGUCUUAACAUAACUGUUAUUCCCUUCGCUCCUUGUCAUCCAUAUUUUGCUCUCUGAAUCUACAGAAUCUGUGUAUCAUGAAAUCACAUUCAUUUGGGUCAUGCCUUGUCAUAACAACAGUUUAUAUUAACAACUGAGAGAGGCAGAUUAUUGUUAGUUUAUAUUAAUAACACACACAUACAAUUACACAAACAUUCACACCUCGCCCACACUAUCCUUCAAACACCUCUCUGUUCAUGGUAAGCAACACACAAACAAAAAUAGAUGUUUCUCUGUUCUUAUAUGUUUUCACACACCGCCCACGCCUGGGUAAAAUGCCGUGGUUUGCUAUAAAGCUACAUUCAAUGGCAGGGAAAUUGCCAUUGAGUCAAUGUGGUGUUGCUUUUGCUUUGACAAGCAGUGACAAGUCCCUGCAGGUGCAAUUUUAAUUAACCACGGUUGUUGCAACAAUAAGUAACAGCUACCAGGUAGAUAUUGUCUAAUACAUUAGUGCUAAUAGUCUAUUGCAAAAAACGGUAACUAUGCCACAUGCACUGUCGCCUUCUUGGUCUGCAGUGAGAGGCAGGCAUAUAGUACUGUCACGCGUACUGUAGGUACAUUAUCACUGUAGGUACAUUAUCACUGUAGGUACAUUAUCACUGUAGAUACAGUCUCACUGUAGGUACAUUAUCACUGUAGGUACAGUAUCACUGUAGGUACAUUAUCACUGUAGGUACAGUAUCACUGUAGGUACAUUAUCACUGCCAUGUGAGCUCUUUCUUUCCAAUAAGAAGUUGCUAUGCUUUACCCACACCAUUGAGCUCCACUGUAGACAGGAUGCAGUGAAUGAGUGUGGUGGAAAGUAAGAAAUGAACACGGUCAACCAGGUUAGAACUUCAGUCCUGCUCUCAACUGCCCGUACAGCCAGAGAGAUGAGAGAAUGGUUGAGACGGUGAGUGGAACAUACAGUAAGAGGUUUGCGGCCGGAUCGUUACUGUCCCUGGCAGGCUGAUAAUAGACACACACUCAAGGGCAGAACCACACAGUAACCUUUGAGUGUCUUCUUGGUUGGUCAAGUUGCUAACGGAAAAUUCAGUCUCUGCGGCACAAAACAAACAAGGACAGGAAGAGCAAGACUGUGACAUCCUGUUUGUACAAGCACAAGUGUACCUGUGUGUGUGUGUGUGACAGAGCGAGAGAGAGAGAGAGAGAUACAUUCAUGUUUGUUAGAGGGUACAAAACCCAUUAUGUCUAUGAGAUCUAAAGUUUACUUUCAUUCUAGCUGCCACUGUUGCCUUUCAAGCUAUGGACCAGAAAGUUUACCCUAUCACCCUAGUUGAUACAUUGUAAAAAGCUCAGAAUAGCUUAAUGUUAUUUUCUGUUAUUCACAGGAGAAACUUGACCAAGCUGUCCCUGCUCUUCAGUCACAUGCUCUGGGAGCUGAGGGCCAUGUUUCCAGAGGGGCGCUUUCAAGGCGACACCUACAGGCUGACUAAGACAGAGGCCGGAGAGUUCUGGAGGCGAGCAUUUGGAAACAAGUGAGUGUUGGGUGGGGUAACAGUGGAACUAGAAUGGAAUAAGGGACGUGGGCUUGACAGAACAUUCCAUAAAUAGGAAGAGUCUAUUUGUAUAUAGGCACAGUCUUUUUCUAGUCUUGUGAAAAGUAUUCUGUUCCUCUCCCUUUCACUCUCCUUCUCUCUCUCACUUUCCUUCCUUUAUCUCCCACUCCUCUCUCCCUCUCCUCCCCUCCCCUCGUUCUCUCUCCUAGGUGUAUUGUGCAGUGGAGCAGUUUUAAGCAGCAUCUCCGUAGGGUCCAUGGCUUUGAAGAGGGGGAUUGGAGUCCAUGGCUUUAAAGUCAACUGUAGACCUCACCUGUAGCGACCACAUCUCAGUGUUCGAGUUUGCAUCUUCACCAGGCUAUUCCAGGUAACAGUGCAGCUUGGGCGAAGUAUUCACCCCCCAUUGGCAUUUUUUCCUAUUUCGUUGCCAUUACCAACCUGGAAUUUUAAAUGGAUUUUGGGGGGAUUUGUAUCAUUUGAUUUACCAAACAUGCCUACCACUUUGAGAUACAAAAUAUAUUUUAUUGUACACCACCUAAACCACCCCCCAAAAAAAAUAUAAAAAGAAGCAAUUACCACAACACCAAACACAAAACCCCCCCACCAACAACACCCACCCCAUGGGUUCCGCUGGUGUACAGCAAUCUUUAAGUCAUACCACAGAUUCUCAAUUGGAUUGAGGUCUGGGCUUUGACUAAGACAUUCCAAGACACUUAAAUGUUUCCCCUUAAACCACUUGAGUGUUGCUUUAGAUGUAUGCUUAGGGUCAUUUUCCUGCUGGAAGGUGAACCUCCGUCCCAGUCUCAAAUCUCUGGAAGACAAACAGGUUUCCCUCAAGAAUUUCCCUGUAUUUAGCGCCAUCCAUCAUUCCUUCAAUUCUGACCAGUUUCCCAGUCCCUGCCGAUGAAAAACAUCCCCACAGCAUGAUGCUGCCACCACCAUGCUUCACUGUGGGGAUGGUGUUCUCGGGAUGAUGAGAGGUGUUGGGUUUGUGCCAGACCUAGCGUUUUCCUUGAUGUCCAAAAAGCUCAAUUUUAGUCUAAUCUGACCAGAGUACCUUCUUCCAUAUGUUUGGGGAGUCUCCCACAUGCCUUUUGGCGAACACAAAACGUGUUUGCUUAUUUUUUUCUUUAGGCAUUGGCUUUUUUCUGGCCACUCUUCCGUAAAGCCCACCUCUGUGGAGUGUACGGCUUAAAGUGGUCCUAUGGACAGAUACUCCAAUCUCUGCUGUGGAGCUUUGUAGCUCCUUCAGGGUUAUCUUUGGUCUCUUUGUAGCCUCACUGAUUAAUGCCCUCCUUGCCUGGUCCAUGAGUUUUGGUGGGCGGCCCUCUCUUGGCAGGUUUGUUGUGGUGACAUAUUCUUUCAGUUUUUUAAUAAUGGAUUUAAUGGAGCUCAGUUCAAUGUUUCUGAUAUUUUUUUAUAACCCAACCCUGAUCUGUACUUCUCCACAACUUUGUCCCUGACCUGUUUGGAGAGCUCCUUGGUCUUCAUGGUGCCGCUUGCUUUGUGGUGCCCCUUGCUUAAUGGUGUUGCAGACUCUGGGGCCUUUCAGAACAGGUGUAUAUAUACUGAGAUCAUGUGACAGAUCCUGUGACACUUAGAUUGCACACAGGUGGACUUUAUUUAACUAAUUAUGUGACUUCUGAAGGUAAUUGGUUGCACUAGAUCUUAUUUAGGGGCUUCAUAGCAAAGGGGGUGAAUAUAUAUGCACGCACCACUUUUCCGUUAUUUAUUUUGUAUAAUUUUUUUAAACAAGUACUUUUUUUCAUUUCACUUCACCAAUUUUGACUUUUUUGUGUAUGUCCAUUACAUGAAAUCCAAAUAAUAAAAAUCCAUUUAAAUUACAGGUUGUAAUGCAACAAAAUAGGAAAAAGGGUUGAAUAUUUUUGCAAGGCACUGUACAUGUGAUCCUUAUAUGUUAGCCCUGUUAUAAGUUAAUUAGACACCUCACAUAAUGUUCAGAGAACAUGCAUUCUGCCACUUUCCAAGAUGUCUAUCCCAUUCUUUCUGUCUCCCACUGUCUAAAGAAAGCCAAAACAUUCCAAAGUGGAAAAAAAUAACACAUAUUUCAACUGAUAGUAAAUAUUUCCUCCCCUCUCCUGUCAGCCCUGGAGGUCUCUUCUGAGGAACUGGAACCAGUUGGCAGUGACCCACCCCGGCUACAUGGCCUUCCUCACCUACGACCAGGUCAAAACCCGCCUCCAAAACUACCUGCACCGGCCCGGGAGGUGAGGACAGGAGAGAUUGUUUGGGGGUGGAUGGGUUGGGGUGUGGAGAGAGAGAGUAGAUGACUGGGAAGGAAGAGGGGGAUAAGAGGUGCUCAGGAGAAAAGAGAGGAGGUGUACCAUAACCUACAACAAUAUCUGCAGUGAUUACGUUUAGGGCACACUGACAGAAUAAUUAUAAUAAUAGUAAAGAAUAAUACCUAGAUAGUAGAGGUAACUGCCAAAAUAAUGGAAACACUUGAGGAAAUGAGGGGUACAAAGUAUAAUGAAAGAAGGUGCUUCUACACAGGUGUGGUUCCUGAGUUAAUUAAGCAAUUAACAUCCCAUUAUGCUUAGGGUCAUGUAUAAAAAUGCUGGGCAGGCCAUUAUUUUGGCUACUAUGGCUAUGCCCCCAUAAGAUGACAUCCACAGGGCAUGAGAGGUCACUGAAUGAAAACAAUGUAAAGCAUAUGCCAUGGCCGUCUCAGUCACCAGAUCUCAACCCAAUUGAACGCUUAUGGGAGAUUCUGGAGCGGCGCUUGAGGCAGUGUUUUCAACCAUCAUCAACAAAACACCAAAUUAUGGAAUUUCUCGUGUAAGAAUGGUCUUGCAUCCCUCCAAUAGAGUUCCAGACACUUGUAGAAUCUAUUCCAAGAAUGCAUUGAAGCUGUUCUGGCUCAACGCCCUAUUAAGACACUUUAUGUUGAUGUUUUCUUUAUUUUGUCAGUUAACUGUAUUUCACGUUCAAAUCUGUAUGAACUCCAGUAAAGACGUUUCCACGUGAACUCUGUAUCUCUGUCUAGCUACAUCUUCCGUCUGAGCUGCACUCGGAUGGGCCAGUGGGCCAUUGGUCAUGUGACUGGUGAUGGCGGCAUCGUACAGACGAUCCCCCAGAAUACACCUCUCUACCAGGCCCUCAUCCAGGGCUUCAGGGAGGGCUGGUGAGUAAAUGCAGACAUGGACACACAUCACAGGAGGUUGGUGGCACCUUAAUUGGGGAGAAUGGGCUCGUGGUAAUGACUGGAGCAGAAUCAGUGGAAUGGUAUCAAAUACAUCAAACACAUUGUUUCCAUGGUUUCCAGGUGUUUGAUGCCAUUCCAUUCGUUCUGUUCCAGCCAUUAUUAUGAGCCGUCCUCCCCUCAGCAGCCGCCACUGACACACACUAGUGAUGCGCGGGUUGACAGAUAAAAAGCUGCCCUGCGAUUAUAUCCUUGGGGUGGGUGGGUUUGGGGUCAUUACAUAUUGUGUGGAUGAAGGGCGGCUGGGUCCAUAAACAUUUAGGCUUUCUGGCAAUGGCAUUAGUGCAUAAGCCUAAGCUUUAGGGCCUAACUGUACGCGCGCUAAAUAGUCUAUACGCCAAUCGCCAAAUGCUUUUGGGAAUGCCCCCAUGGAGGCAAAAAGGACAAUGCCAGAGUUUAAUUCAAUAAGAGAAAAGCUGCGAAACGGAGAGUUGAAAAUGAAGAGAAGGUAGGGCCAGAAAAGUCAUGUUUGGGAAAGAUCUGGUGAAGUGGUAAAAGAGGAUGAUAGCAGUGUGUGUGAUGAUUGUGAGGCGCUAUACAAAUUCGACAGUCACAAGAUGGGGACUUCAAAUACCCUGCUCAAAUAAAUAAAGGGAACACUUAAACAACACAAUGUAACUCCAAGUCAAUCACACUUCUGUGAAAUCAAACUGUCCACUUAGGAAGCAACACUGAUUGACAAUAAAUGUCACAUGCUGUUGUGCAAAUGGAAUAGACAACAGGUUGAAAUUAUAGGCAAUUAGCAAGACACCCCCAAUAAAGGACUGGUUUUGCAGGUGGUGACCACAGACCACUUCUCAGUUCCUAUGCUUCCUGGCUGAUGUUUUGGUCACUUUUGAAUGCUGGCGGUGCUUCACUCUAGUGGUAGCAUGAGAUAGAGUCUACAACCCACACAAGUGGCUCAGGUAGUGCAGCUCAUCCAGGAUGGCACAUCAAUGCGAGCUGUGGCAAGAAGGUUUGCUGUGUCUGUCAGCGUAGUGUCCAGAGCAUGGAGGCGCUACCAGGAGACAGGCCAGUACAUCAGGAGACGUGGAGGAGGCCGUAGGAGGGCAACAACCCAGCAGCAGGACUGCUACCUCCUCCUUUGUGCAAGGAGGAGCAGGAAGAGCACUGCCAGAGCCCUGCAAAAUGACCUCCAGCAGGCCACAAAUGUACAUGUGUCUGCUCAAACGGUCAGAAACAGACUCCAUGAGGGUGGUAUGAGGGCCCAACGUCCACAGGUGGGGGUUGUGCUUACAGCCCAACACCGUGCAGGACGUUUGGCAUUUGACAGAGAACACCAAGAUUAGCAAAUUCGCCACUGGCGCCCUGUGCUCUUCACAGAUGAAAGCAGGUUCACACUGAGCACAUGUGACAGACGUGACAGAGUCUGGAGACGCCGUGGAGAACGUUCUGCUGCCUGCAACAUCCUCCAGCAUGACCGGUUUGGCGGUGGGUCAGUCAUGGUGUGGGGUGGCAUUUCUUUGGGGGGCCGCACAGCCCUCCAUGUGCUCGCCAGAGGUAGCCUGACUGCCAUUAGGUACCGAGAUGAGAUCCUCAGACCCCUUGUGAGACCAUAUGCUGGUGCGGUUGGCCCUGGGUUCCUCCUAAUGCAAGACAAUGCUAGACCUCAUGUGGCUGGAGUGUGUCAGCAGUUCCUGCAAGAGGAAGGCAUUGAUGGUAUGGACUGGCCCGCCCGUUCCCCAGACCUGAAUCCAAUUGAGCACAUCUGGGACAUCAUGUCUCGCUCCAUCCACCAACGCCACGUUGCACCACAGACUGUCCAGGAGUUGGCGGAUGCUUUAGUCCAGGUCUGGGAGGAGAUCCCUCAGGAGACAUCCGCCACCUCAUCAGGAGCAUGCCCAGGCGUUGUAGGGAGGUCAUACAGGCACGUGGAGGCCACACACACUACUGAGCCUCAUUUUGACUUGUUUUAAGGACAUUACAUCAAAGUUGGAUCAGCCUGUAGUGUGGUUUUCCACUUUAAUUUUGAGGGUGACUCCAAAUCCAGACCUCCAUGGGUUGAUAAUUUUGAUUUCCAUUGAUAAUUUUUGUGUGAUUUUGUUGUCAGCACAUUCAACUAUGUAAAGGAAAAAGUAUUUAAUAAGAUUAUUUCAUUCAUUCAGAUCUAGGAUGUGUUAUUUUAGUGUUCCCUUUAUUUUUUUGAGCAGUGUAGGUCUAUGGAAAGUCAAGGGAACUGUAGCCUACUGUUUAGAUCGGUUAAAUGGAAACCAAAAUCUGGACACUGACUGUAGGUCUAUAGCCUCUGACAUAGCCUUAAUAUUAACUCUUGCAGAAUUAAGCAUUUCUUGCAGUAAAAUUAUACACCAAAUGUAGGCUACAUUUUGACUUGGGAACAGUGGUUGCUGAUGGGUUAUUAGAAAUUGUGGGCGGGUGCAGGUGAACAAACAGCUGACCCGUGCAACACUAACACACACACACACAACAUUUGCAUAGGCCUGUAAUCGUUUUGCAUAAUGUGUGUGUAAUUCUGUGUUGUGUUUUCCUGCAGCUAUCUUUACCCUGAUGGACGUGAUGUGAACCCAGACCUCACCAGUCUGUGUGAACCAGCACAGAGAAGCAGGGUCAAAGUUACAGAGGACGAGUAUGAGAUGUACUGUGAGAUGGGCAGUACCUUCCAGCUGUGUAAGAUCUGUACAGAGAGAGACAAGGACACACGCAUCCAGCCCUGCGGACAUCUGCUGUGCCAACCCUGCCUCACAGGAUGGCAGGUACAGUUGAAGUCGGAAGUUUACAUACACCUUAGCCAAAUACAUUUAAACUCAGUUUUUCACAAUUCCUGACAUUUAAUCCUAGUAAAAAUGCCCUGUCUUAGGUCAGUUAGGAUCACCACUUUAUUUUAAGAAUGUGAAAUGUCAGAAUAAUAGUAGAGAGAAUGAUUUAUUUCAGCUUUUAUUUCUUUCAUCACAUUCCCAUUGGGUUAGAAGUUUACAUACACUCAAUUAGUAUUUGGUAGCAUUGCCUUUAAAUUGUUUAACUUGGGUCAAACGUUUCGGGUAGCCUUCCACAAGCUUCCCACAAUAAGUUGGGUGAAUUUUGGCCCAUUCCUCCUGACAGAGCUGGUGUAACUGAGUCAGGUUUGUAGGCCUCCUUGCUCGCACACACUUUUUUAGUUCUGCCCACAAAUGUUCUAUAGGAUUGAGGUCAGGGCUUUGUGAUGGCCACUCCAAUACCUUGACUUUGUUGUCCUUAAGCAAUUUUGCCACAACUUUGGGAGUAUGCUUGGGGUCAUUGUCCAUUUGGAAGACCCAUUUACGACCAAGCUUUAACUUCCUGACUGAUGUCUUGAGAUGUUGCUUCAAUAUAUCCACAUAAUUUUCCUUCCUCAUGAUGCCAUCUAUUUUGUGAAGUGCACCAGUCCCUCCUGCAGCAAAACACCCCCAUAGCAUGAUGCUGCCACCCCCGUGCUUCACGGUUGGGAUGGUGUUCUUCGGCUUGCAAGCGUCCCCCUUUUUCCUCCAAACAUAACGAUGGUCAUUAUGGCCAAACAGUUCUAUUUUUGUUUCAUCAGACCAGAGGAAAUUUCUCCAAAAAGUACGAUCUUUGUCCCCAUGUGCAGUUGCAAACCGUAGUCUGGCUUUUUUAUGGCGGUUUUGGAGCAGUGGCAUCUUCCUUGCUGAGCGGCCUUUCAGGUUAUGUCGAUAUAGGACUCGUUUUACUGUAGAUAUAGAUACUUUUGUACCUGUUUCCUCCAGCAUCUUCACAAGGUCCUUUUGCUGUUGUUCUGGGAUUGAUUCGCACCAAAGUACGUUCAUCUCUAGGAGACAGAACACGUCUCCUUCCUGAGCUUUAUGACGGCUGCGUGGUCCCAUGGUGUUUAUACUUGCGUACUAUUGUUUGUACAGAUGAACGUGGUACCUUCAGGCAUUUGGAAAUUGCUCCCAAGGAUGAACCAGAUUUGUGGAGGUCUACAAUUCCUUCUGAUUUUCCCAUGAUGUCAAGCAAAGAGGCACUGAGUGUGAAGGUAGGCCUUGAAAUACAUCCACAGGUACACCUCCAAUUGACUCAAAUGAUGUCAAUUAGCCUAUCAGAAGCUUCUAAAGCCAUGACAUCAUUUUAUGGAAUUUACCAAGCUGUUUAAAGGCACAGUCAACUUAGUGUAUGUAAACUUCUGACCCACUGGAAUUGUGAUACAGUGAAUUAUAAGGGAAUUAAUCUGUCUGUAAACGAUUGUUGGAAAAAUUACUUGUGUCAUGCACAAAGUAGAUGUCCUAACCAACUUGCCAAAACUAUAGUUUGUUAACAAGAAAUUUGUGGAGUGGUUGAAAAACAAGUUUUAAUGACUCCAACCUAAGUGUAUGUAAAAUACCGACUUCAACUGUAUGUCUACUCUGUGAUUGACUACGUCACCAACAAAAUCCUCAAAGCCAAACCACACACCGUUCGCUCACACAAUGUCUCUGACAUCACCCAGACACAUCCUCUUUUAUAAAUAUAUAUCAUCAACAUGCCAAUUUGGGUUAACGGUAUGGAAUUGGUUCUUGGUCAGUCAGUUAAUAUGUCCGCCCAUCCACCUGUCAAUCAGUCAGUUAGUCAGUUGGUCAGUCAGUCAGUUAAUCUGUCAGUCAGUCUGUCAGUAGGCUAGUCUGUCCAUCCGUGCAUCUGUCAGUGAGCCAGCCAACUACACAUCAGUCUGUGAACCGGUGUAGCAGCACAUAGAGCAGUAUUGUUGGCCAUCAUGUCCUAACAUGUGGGUUAGGACUUCCUGUGUGAGCUGAAGUGUACAUCCUCCUCAUGAUACACUCACAGUGAGGAGACUUACCCUUAGAGUUUCCACUCCUCGCCAGGUCACACACUGUCACACACUAUCACACACUUUCACAGUCACACUUCAGGGGACAAGAAGACACACAAUAGAAUAGAUUUGAACAGAAUACUCAGAUUGUUACCAAAGCGAACUAUGGUAGAAUACUCAACCUUAAUUUGAUAUGCUAAACCAGUUGCUUUACUGUAAGUGUAGCUUCAUGCAAUUAACACACAGAAAGGACAUUAUUAUGGGUAAUGCACUUUCAGCAUUGAAAUACAUCUGCUCAGGUAUGCUCUUGACAGAACCAAAUGACUGCAUCCCGGGAUCUUUUUGACAUUCAGCAAUGAUUUUUCACUCUGCAUUGUUGGGAAGGGCCCGGAAGUAUUUCCUGUUAGUCUAUACCUGUUGUUUACCAAGUAUGUGACAAAUAAAAUGUGAUUUGAUUUUAUACAACAAUACACACACAUACACAGACACUGGGAGUUUACAUACAUUAACAUACAGUACAGAUGUGUACAUAACGUUUAUUCUGCUUAACCUGGUAUGAUCAUUCCAUGUGUUGCAGAAGUCGGAUGGACACACCUGCCCAUACUGUCGUUGUGACAUCAGAGGGACAGAGUCCAUCCUGGUGGAGCCCUACCUGUCUGUCAGCGAGGAGGAGGAAGAGGAAGAUGACCUGGAGGAUAUACAGCUAGUCAUGAAAAAACUGGCCUAUAUGAAGGGGGUGUGUUUGUGUGUGUGUGGUUGUGUGUGGGGUAGGGGGUGGGGGGUGGGGGGGGGUUCUCAUUAACUGUCUCUGUCUCUUAGUGUUUUUUCUUGUGCAUUGACUCUCCUUUCUCUCUCUCUCUCUCUCUCUCUCUGAUGCAGAUGUCGUCUGAAGAGUACCAGUUCCCCAGCUCCCGCCUCGCUCCACCCCUCCCUCCCAAACACAGCACCUCCUCCCGCUGCCCUUCCCCACAAGCCCCCUUACGGCCCUCUGUGCCCGAUACACUGGCCAAAUACUCCCACUCUAACUCGCGUUCUGUAAGUUCCCCCAUACACACACUCUACAGAAUUGAUAGUAACAGUACCACAAUGGAAAGAAGUCGUCUAACCCAUAGUUACUGAUAACUGGGGCUUCGGUACACAGGUAAAAGUGUGCCCUUAUUCCACCACAGGCUCACAGUGACACCCCCUCAGACAGAGCGCUCACACACCACACCACCAGCACUAACAGGUGAGCUCUAAAUGCAUACUGCAGUGGAUGGAUAACCGAUAACUAAUCGAUAACGUUUUAGGCUAUUAAGAAUUAUUUGAAAUGAAUGAACAAUAUGGAAGAUGUCUAUCGGAAAUAGAAGAAUUGUGUACUGUAGCCUACAUCCAAAAUAAACUCAGCUCACUGUUUGUUCCUCCCUUGGUCUGGUGUGUACUGGCCAUAGCCAUACAGUUUACUGAAUACAGUUUAUAUAAACACUUUUGCUUUGUAUGGUUAGCUCAAUAACCUGAAACUUUACCACUUUGUGUGUGACCUAAUGUUCCACAAGUAAAUACAAGUAAUUUGGUUACAGCACAUCCUCAUUGAACUUGAUUGACAGCUCUUGUGUUCUGUCUCCUCCCCUUAAAUGCCAAUGGGAGGAGCUAGCCAGUAGUGAGGAGGAGAAUUCUGGGGGGUUCAGACAACCGCCCACACUCCCAAUCUCUCACAUGUCAGCUAUGCCUGUCCCCAAUGGGACUUUCUUAACUUUUGGCAGGAAAAAAUGUGUGUUUAUUUUUAAUGUAACACAAUAAUAUGCUUGCUCUACAUAAAAUAAUAAAUGCGGCCACAAGUACCAUGUUUUAAUCGUAAACAUUAUUUGUAUAGCACCUUGUAUGCAGUAUUAGCUGUCCAAAGUGUUAAAACAUGACGGUGGUGAAUGCUGUUGUUCUGUUCUCUGUGUAACAGUCAGGAGUCUGUCUCAGAGCCAAACCUCCCCUCCUCCUCCCCCCAGUCCUGUGGAGAGGGUGAGUAUCAGAGAGGAGGGGGGAGAGGGAGUGGAGGGCUGUUCUAUACAAUAAUAAGCUAUUUUACAGGGGCUUCUCCACUUACUGUAACACACACUGAGAGUUAGUUGACCCCUCACUAACCCCUCUCUCUCUCUCUCUCUCUCUCUCUCUCUAUAUAUAUAUAUAUAUAUAUAUAAUGUACCUUGAAGGUGGAGCAGCCUGGGUAGGGGCCUCAGAUUCAGUGAAACCGAAGAAGAGACAUAAAGAAAGGGGUGAAAGGACGGCAGAGCUCGGGUUCAGCCAGAGAGAGCGGGAGAGAACCAUGUCCUCCUGA